UUCCAGGCUGGUAAGAGGAGGCGCGCCUGCCGCGGCCGCGGCCGGCACCUGGGCUGCUCUGGCUGGCCCCUUCCGCGCCCACUGCGGGCCUGCAUGCCUCAAGCAGCGGUGAAGCGUCCUGGCUCGACUAUAGGAAUGCCGGGACGGUCGGUCCCUGCUCAAUGCAUGCCGGCGGGCAGCCGCGGCGGCGCGCCGCCGCGCGUGCUCUGGCGCCAGUGCGCCGCCGCGGCGGGCCUGCUUCUCACAGGAGGUUUCCGCAGGCGGAAGAGAUGGGCGCGGAAACGUGCGCGGGCAGGAGCGGGCGGCCCUGAGAUCUAGGCGAUGUGAUUUCUUUGGGCGCCAGGCGUUUCAUCGCCCGGUUCCGGGCGCUUGGAGCCUUAGAGGGCGUUUUGUCUUUCAGCCUCGGGCAAGUGUACUUGCAUGACAGUUUGCCCUCCCCCCCCUCUGCAUCCUUUACAAACAGCGCUGGGCCGAAAAGGCGUGCAGCAAGUGAGCCCCGACUGGCGUGAAGUCCAUAUGUCGCCGCGCCGUUCGUUCCGACGCGCGGCCCUGCGUCUUGGAGAGGG